AUGACAAUAACCUCCGUUUGGGCGGAUAAAAAGACCUGUCCAACGAAGAGCUACGAUCUUUACGUUUUCCUGCUUCUCGCUUCUGAGAAUGAAGAGCCCGAUGAGCACUUUAAGCUCAUAUCGAAGAUUCUUCAGCCAUGCAUCGAGACGGAGAAUGCCAAAAAUAAUAGCUACUUCACCAUCUUGUCCAAUGAUCCAAAGGCGUACGAUCGUAACCCGAUUUCUAUAUUCGACAAUUUCACGGCUGUAAUCAACUCGAUGCACUAUCAAAAAACCUAUUGGCCUUCGAAAGAAUACCUUUACGGAGCAAUGGAAUCUUUCGAAAUGGUUGAGAGCCAAAAUCGAUCGAAUUUUCAGAAAGUGAUUUAUUUGAUUACUGACGCAAAAGCUCAAGAUGUUGAUCGAGUAGAUGCAACUUUUUGGCAAAACUUGGUUUCUUUUGCAAAUGCUAACACGGAUCCAAAAAUAACUUCGAUUUUUCGUGUCAUAUUUACAAAGACUGGCCUUAUUGAAGGCACAAAAACGCAACUCUUAUUGGAUUCAGUCAGCGACGCGGCAAAAGAAUACUUUCGCUACGACUAUGGAGAUCUUCUGAAGCAACCGAACGUAAGCGACAACUAUGGCCUUUGUGCACCGUUACCUCCAAGUAGCACUCUUCCAUCAUUUCCGAAAUUUAAAGAAAUGAGUGCCGUUUGGAUUGUCUUGAUUGCCCUUGGUGGCACGUUUCUUUUCCUUUUUGUGGCGAUCGUUUGCAUGUGCACGUGUUGCAGACGGUAUUGUUGGUGUCCGGAUUUUGGAGGCAUCAACUGGACGAAAAACGUUGGAGAACAACUGCGAGAAAGGAUUUACGAUGAAACGGAGCGUUUCACGAUUCAAGUUCGAGGAAAAGUAAAC